CACACAGACCUGUCACAGGCGGUGACUGUGAGUGACAAGCGGGAGGCGGAGCGGCUCCUGUUACACCGGAGGGGGAUUAGCCAUUAGCUUGGCGACGGUGACAUAGGAGAGGGGGGAGCGCGGUGAUACCGGGCCGGGUCCUGACAGGCGUGGGCAGGUCGGUGACCCCGGGACAUGCAGGAUGGACGGGCGCUAUCACUGUGCUGCCCGGGACGGGUUCCUGGACGUCUUGAAGGAGGCCACCAGGAGAGAUCUGAACUCGCCCGAUGAGGAUGGAAUGACCCCAACCCUAUGGGCGGCUUACCAUGGACAUCUCGGAGCUCUCAGAGUAAUUGUCAGCCGAGGGGGGGAUCCUGAUAAAUGUGACAUUUGGGGAAACACACCCCUGCAUCUGUCUGCUGCCAAUGGUCACCUCAAUUGCUUGUCCUUUCUGGUGUCCUUCGGGGCCAAUAUCUGGUGCCUGGAUAAUGACUAUCACACCCCGCUGGAUAUGGCAGCUACCAAGGGCCACAUGGAGUGUGUCCGGUAUCUAGAUUCCAUUGCAGCCAAGCAGAACAGUUUGAAUCCAAAGAUGGUCUCCAAACUGAAGGACCGAGCAUUCCGUGAGGCAGAGAAACGCAUUCGUGACUGUGCAAAGCUGCAACGCAAGCACCAUGAGCGAAUGGAGAGGCGUUACCGCAAGGAGAUGUCUGACCAUUCUGAUACCAUGAGCUUCUCCAGUUUCUCCAGCUCAGUGAGCCAGCGCUUCCCGAGUGCCACAUUACUUGCCACCAUGCCAUAUUCUCAUGCUGCCGGUACCACAAAGGGCAAAACUAAGAUGCAGAAAAAGCUGGAGAAAAGAAAGCAGAAUGAUGGAACAUUUAAGAUAUAUGAGGAUGGUAGGAAAAGUGUACGAUCACUCUCUGGACUUCAGUUAGGCAAUGAUGUUAUGUUUGUAAAGCAAGGAACCUAUGCCAGUCCCCGGGACCGAGGGCGCCACCACCUUCGUGAAAUGUUUUUGCAUGAGGAAGAUUCACUAUCCAGGGCUGUCAGUGACCCUGGACUACAUGGGGACUCUGCCCACUCUGAAGUCAGCACAGACUCUGGACAUGAUUCUCUGUUCACCAGACCAGGACUCGGCACCAUGGUGUUCAGGAGAAAUUAUCUGAGUAGUGGGCUGUUUGGUGUGGGUAGACAAGAGGACAAUGGACUCAACAUGGAAGGUGAGGGGGUAAAGCUGCGCAGUCGACUUAAGCGAUCUCCAAGUUUAGAUGAUAGCAUUGGCAGCGCUGGCAGUCUAGAGGGAAGAAAUGAGCAGACUCUUCCAUGGGAAGAGGAGGAGUUAGGAUUGGAUGACGAAGAGGAACCUGACACCACCCCCCUGGAGACAUUCUUGGCCUCACUGCAGAUGUCUGAGUUUGUGUCUCUGCUUCAAGAUGAGAAGAUCGACCUGGCAGCCCUCACACUCUGCUCCGACCAUGAUCUCAAAAGUAUUCGCAUCCCACUAGGACCUCGCAAAAAAAUUCUAGAUGGUGUCCAGAGGAGGAAGCAGGCAGUGGAGAGACCCUUGGCCAUGGGAGAUACUGAGCUAUAGUGGCAUCUACUGAGUGAGCAGGACCCAACUACAGUGCCAGAAAACUCAGCGGCCACUUACUAAACUAGUGACUGCUCUUCGCCAAAUGCAUGCCACAGUAGGAGACCCAGAACUCUCCACAAACUCAUGGUUCAGUCAGGUGCCAAGGACAUUUACCUCUAUACCAGGAAAUCCAGAAUCCACAGUGUGAUGUAUAUUAAAACUGCAAAAAAAAAAAUGCUGCACUUUCCUGUAUGUUAUAUUAUUUUCCUAUGGAAAUGACCUGUGCUGUAUGUUACUGUAUACAUCUUGUUCUUCUUGUUGAACUUGCCUUUUAAUUUAAGGUAUCCUCUUUGAGCAUAGGAGUCAUGGACAAUACUAUGGCUAAGCAAGAGACAAGGCAGCUAAGGGCACAUCAUCAUUGGCACACUAAUAGUGCAAAUUCAUAUCAGUCUCUUUCACUUCAUCUGUGAUCUGUGAUUAACAUUCAUUGAUAAAAAUUGCAAACCUUGGAAAUUUCAACAUUAUAAAGAAAAUAUGCAAAUGAGAAGCCUCAGUAAAAUAUUAUUAAGUAA